UCCAAAACCAUCGCUCUCAACGUUAUGGUGCUUCUCUCUACCUCUAUCCAACCAUGGAAACCGACGCUCUCAAAGCUUUCUCAAACCUGCAAAACUCAAUCGGACGUCGACCAAAUCCAUGCGCAAUUGGUAACAACAGGGCUAGUCAAAGACGCUUCCUUCAUUAGGAAACUCAUCAUCAGAUUAUCGACUUCGCCUUAUGUGCCGGUAGUUGAAUUCGCACGUUCUCUCCUCUUUUCUGAUUUUGAAGAUAGAAACGACCCUUUCCCCUGGAACGCGGUAAUCAAGUCAUAUUCACAUGGUAAUUGUCCAAGUAAAGCUUUUCUUGUGUUCUGUUUGAUGCUAAAAAAUGGGAUCUUUUUGGAUGAGUACUCGUUUUCUUUGGUGUUGAAGUCAUGCUCUAGGACGGGCUUGGUUAAGCAGGGAAUGCAGGUUCAUGGGCUAUUGAGGAAGCUCGAUUUUGGCUCGAAUGUGUUUCUUGAGAAUUGUUUAAUACGUAUGUAUGUGAAAUGUGGUUAUGUUGAGUUUGGACAGCAGGUGUUUGAUAGAAUGCCGAACAGAGAUUCCAUUUCGUAUAAUACGAUGAUUGAUGGGUAUGUGAAGUGUAGGAUGUUGGAGCUUGCACAUGAGUUAUUUGAGUGUAUGCCUGUGCAGGUUAGGAAUUUGGUUUCUUGGAAUACUUUGAUCAGUGGUUAUGUGAAAAUGGAGAAUGGAUUUGAUGUUGCUUGGGAGUUGUUUGAGAGGGCACCCUUCAAGGACUUGGUUUCUUGGAACUUGAUGAUCGAUUGUUGUGUUAAAAGUGGGAAAAUGGAAAUGGCUGCAGCUUUAUUUAGCAAGAUGCCUAAAAGGGAUGCUGUUAGUUAUGCUAUAUUAAUUGAUGGGUAUGCAAAAGUGUCUAACAUUAAUGCUGCUCAGUCACUUUUUAAUCACAUGCCUGAAAAGGAUGUCAUCUCCUGCAAUGCUAUGAUGGCAGGGUAUGUAAAGAAUGGGCAUAGUAUGGAAGCACUGUCUGUUUUUCAUGAUAUGCUGAGUGACACCAAUUUGGCACCUGAUGGUGCCACUUUAUUGAGUGCUCUUUCUGCAGCUGCACAGUUAGGUUACAUUGAUGAGGGCCUUGCUAUACAUUGUUACAUAAAGGACCAUGGAUUUGUUGUCCAUGGAAAACUUGGGGUUGCUCUAAUAGACAUGUAUGCUAAAUGUGGCAGCAUAGACAAUGCACUGGGAGUGUUUGAGGACAUUAAAGAGAAAACUGUUGAUCAUUGGAAUGCUAUGAUUGGUGGAUUGGCUGUUCAUGGCUGGGGUGAGUUGGCUUUUGAUUUGUUCAUGGAGAUGGAAAGACUCUCCAUUGAACCGGAUGAUAUCACGUUCAUCGUAGUGUUGAAUGCUUGUGGCCAUGCCGGGUUGAUAAAGGAAGGUCUAAUGUGUUUCGAGAUCAUGAGAAGAGUUCAUCGAAUGGAACCCAAACUCCAACACUAUGGAUGCAUAGUCGACAUUCUUAGCCGCGCAGGCCACAUGGAAGAAGCCAUAAGGUUUGUUGAGGAAAUGCCAAUUGAGCCAAAUGAUGUGGUAUGGAGAACUUUGUUAAGUGCAUGUAGUAAUCAUGAGCACCUGGAUGCUGCACAGCCUGUAUCUAAGCACCAAAUCCAACUCAACUCACCUAAUUCAAGCUCAUAUGUGCUUUUGUCUAAUAUUUAUGCUCGGUUUGGUAUGUGGGAUUAUGUCCGGAGGAUUAGGACAAUGAUGAAACAGAAGGAGCUCAAAAAGGUCCCUGGCUGUAGUUGGAUUGAACUAGGGGGAACUGUUCAUGAAUUCUCUGCAGGAGACAGAUCUCACCCUCAGGUUGAAGAUGUUUCUUCUACAUUACAGAUGGUUUGCUCUUAAGCUCAAGAAUUGCCCUGCAGGUUUAAUACCCCAAACCCAAUGGUGUUCACUAGGUAAACUCUGCCCUGUGACCUUAGUUGGUAACCCAGUCUAUGUUAUCCAAAUUGACCUUAUCAAACCAAGAAGACUAAUAGGCUACUCUCACUGAGAGUCAAAUUUGGAACCUUGUGGUUACCAAGCUGAUUAUCUUGGAUCGGGUUGCCCCAAAUCCUCCAAUCACUUAUGUUAUCUUUUGCUCAUUAGAUGCCCCAUAUGAAUGUUGUAAAUUAGGUAACCAUUGAAAGAAACUUGUAGAUGUGUUCUAUAUAUACUUGUAUGCUUCAAUAAAACACCUUACUUGAUACUUUCAA